GCAGCAGUCAUGAAGCGGUACCUGCCGGUGGCCCGGCAACACUUCCUGGCGGCGGCGGCCAGCACCAGCGUGGUGGUGAAGGCCUUGUGUGGCACGGUGCUGGCGCUGUACUGCCUCUCCUUCCUGACGGACACGGCGCACGGCCUGGGGGUGACUCCCGGCUACCUCUUCCCACCCAACUUCUGGCUCUGGACCUUGCUGACACACGCCGUGGUAGAGAGCCACAUCUGGGACGUGUGUGUCGGUCUGGGGGCCGUGGUGGCAGCCGGCAGGCUCCUCGAACCUCUUUGGGGAGCACUAGAACUCCUGGUCUUCUUCGCGGUCGUCAACGUGUCGGUGGGAAUUCUUGGAGGACUUUCUUAUCUGCUGACCUACGUGGCGACUUUCAAUCUGGAUUACUUAUUUACCGUGCGCAUUCAUGGUAUGUCAGGCUUUGUUGGCGGAGUGCUGGUGGCCUUGAAGCAGACCAUGGGAGACACCGUGGUACUCAAGGUGCCACAGGUGCGGAUGAAAGAUGUUCCGAUGUUGGGUUUGCUCCUUAUUGCGAUUUUGCGUUUGACGACAUUGCUAAGUAGCUCUUUGCUGGCCUCCUACGGGUAUGGUGUACUGUCCAGCUGGGUUUACCUGCGCUUCUAUCAAAAACAUAGCCGAGGCCGAGGGGACAUGUCUGACCACUUCGCGUUCGCCACCUUCUUACCCGAAAUCUUCCAGCCGCUCGUCUCGGUGGUUACCAAUGUGAUUUACAGCGUGUUGGUGAAGAUCAGAAUAUGUAAGAAGACGGUGAAACGAUACGAUGUUGGAGCACCGUCAUCCAUUACAAUAAGCCUGCCUGGCACUGACCCACAGGAUGCAGAACGGAGAAGACAGUUGGCAUUGAAAGCUCUGAAUGAACGGCUGAAACGUGUUGAAGACCAAGUAGCAUGGCCCAGUAUGGAUGAAGACGACAAAGAUGAUUUGUCUGAUAUGCCUUUGCUUCCAGAGACCAGCAGGAGUGAUGGAGAUGAUUCUGGAGCAGCAGAACACAAUGCAUUCCCAAGUCUUUCAUCGGGAUCUUAGAAGACCUUUAAUGAAUGACUUGUCCGGUUGGGUGGAAGUGAAAGAGGGUUUAAUGCUGCACAGAUAUGCAUCAGUACUUUAAACUAUUUAACUCCAGCACUUACGAUCUGUAUGGAAAAUAAAUUUGUCAGUAAAGAGACAAUAAAUGCCUGUGCAGCUGUGGUGUUCCUAGCCAAGCUUCAGCAGGAUUUGAUGUUUUUUAACUCUAGCUGGUGACUGAAACAAUUAGAGGUGGCAUUUGAACUGGUGAUGAAUAAGAUACAAUCUUUAUGUUAGUUCUGAAAAUUCAUUAAUUUACAGUUUUAUUUUGAAGUGUCCUUUUCUGAUUAGAAAGAACAGAUACUAAAUGGUAUAAUUGCAAUGGUAGGUGGAGGGUUAGGAGAGGAAGGGAGGGGGAAAAGAAGCUAUGCUGUCAUUGAGAUCAAAAGGGACAGAGCAAAACCACAGCUUUGGUCCCAAGUUGUCUUUGUGCCAAAAGAAGUGUAUCCCCUAGUUUGUGACACCUUGCUACCUAUGGAAAAAAGGAUGGGAAUCCCAUGGCACUAGUUUUCCAUCUCUGGAGAUCUUUUAUUGGAUUUGAGCUCGUCACAUUCAUUGGACUGGAUUCACCUUUUGCAAUUUUAUUUUCACACCUUCCUGCUAUCAUGUGUCUGCAAGAUUAGUAACAUUCCAGGUUACAUUUGACUGUAAUAGUAAACAUGUAGUUUGAUCAUGUCAGGUAGCUUGUUUCCCCUUAAUGCCCCUUAUCUGCUUAUUGAGUUUCCUUUCCUGCCAUCAUUUUGGCUCUUCUGUUAUUGUUAACAGUAUGUUCCUCAGUAAAAAUUGUUUUAAAUUGGUUGCAGAUUUUUCCUGGGGAGCAAAAUUGUGCCUCGCCCUUAGCACCUCACCAUUGGAUAGGUUUGAAGAUUGCCUAAUAAAAGGGCUAGCAAAUUAUUGGUGCCGGUUCUGAAAUUUUUGCGUAAUACUAUAAAGGUAAUUGUUAUAUGUAUACUUGGAGUUAGACUGACUUGGGUGUAUGGUGUGCUGAAUCCUCUAAUUGUAAAAAGGGUUGUAAAAUUUUCUGAAAACAACUUUCCAAGCCUCUUGACAUGGGUUUUUUUUAAUAAGAUAAAGUUCCUUAUUUUUGUCAUAUGUAUAUAUAAAAAAAAACUCACAUCUCAUAUUGAAAUGGGUCAGGAUCUUGUGUCCAAACCAAAUGCUUCAACCAGGACAGAUUUGAGUAGCAAACAAUUGGAUAAAUUUCCAUAAAACUUCUGUGAUAUGAAAAAGAGACAGAUCUCUGUAAAAUGGGUUAAGAUCAGUACAAAAAAUUGUAUUCCUUUUCCAGAGUCCCAUUUAAGUGUUGACAAAGCCACCUCUUCCUUUUCCAGUCCAGUACUUUCUAUAAUGUAAGUGUGCACUGUCAUAUCUUUGCAUCCCUAUGCUGUACCACCAGCAUUCUAAUUGUGUCUACAUUUGAUAAUCAUUUUGGCAAAUUAGCUAGUAGAAAGUAGCUAUCAUUUUUAAUACAUUUAAAUGUGCAAGAUACUUUAAUGUAAGAUUCUUAAAGAACCAGUAUUAGUUUCAUCUAAGUGAUUUAAUGUUUUAUUUCCAUUUUCUGCAGAUGAAUUGUCAUUUUCUUAAUGUUGUGCUUUUUAUCAGAGCAGUGUCUAUGGGGGAAAAAGAACUGCUCUUUCCUACUGGAUUUCACUUAACAAAUUGUAGGUUUCUUUUUAUUUAUCCCUGUGUAUCAUCAUCACGCAGGUCAGUCCAAUAAACUUUGCAGUCUCGUGUUCACUGUUCAUACCCCUCAAAGCGCUUGUUUCAGCUGAAUUGGUAAAUCAAGUUUUUUUUUCUUUUUGUUGUGCUCACAAGUCAUGGGAUAGGGUACAGUGGAGAAUGUUUUUGGACUAAGAAUGCAAGUUCAAAUCCCACCAGUUUGGGAGUUUCAAUUCAGUUAUUGUUUUAUAUGGAGGGAAAAGCUGCUUAUUGGUAAAAUAAUAAAGAUAAUAUUAGUAAAUACUUUUGUCAUUAAAAUCUUGGAUAUUGUCGAUUUGUCAUUAAACAUCAGCUGGUUCAUCAAUGCCCUUUAGUGAAGGAGGAAUGCUGUCCCUGUCUUGUAUGACCUAGAUGUGACUCUAGUUUCACACACACAGCUGACACUUUAAUUCCCUGUA